AAGUAGGAUUGACUUUGUACUGCGGUGUCGGCACAAACUGUAAUUUGGCUUAUAAGUUUCGACAAUAAUUAUAUUAUAAAGAUGUCUGUUAUUAAAUUUUAUCAUUCUUUUAUAAGCCCACCUAGUAGAAAUGUCUUUUUUACGUUCAAAGCAUUAGAUAUACCUUUCGAGGUUCAUUCUAUCGACUUAUUAGGUAAUGAGACGAAAUCUGAAGAGUUUCGAAAGAUAAAUCCGCAUGGCCUUGUUCCUACAAUUGUUGAUAAUGGCUUUGCUCUCUGGGAAUCUAGAGCAAUAAUAACCUACUUGUUCGAUAGAUAUGCAAGACCCGAAUUUGAACAUUUUUACCCGAAAGAUUUGAAAAAGCGAGCUGUUAUUGACAGGCUCCUCUAUUUCGAUGCUACUACUUUUUAUCCUGCAGUACUAGCCAUUAUCGAAGCAAUCGCUUUUAAGAAACGUAAACCAACCGAAGAUGAAUUCAAUUCUUUGUACGAUUGUCUUGAAAAGAUUGAAAGAAUAUAUUUAAAGGAUUCUACCUAUUUUACUGGAUCAAAGACAACAUUGGCCGAUAUUGCAUUUGCAGCAAGUCUUACUGCAUUAGAACCAUUUGGAGUUGAAUAUUCGAGAUAUGAAGGCAUCGAUAGAUUUAUUAAAUUUAUCAAACAAACUGAUUGGUUCAAGUCCGAAGGGAGCGAUUAUGAGAAUUUCUCUGAAACUUUUUCCAAGGAAAUGCGAGACAAGGGAUUGAUUUAA